AUGGCGGAAAACGACCACCUCCUGCCACCGCCCUUCGAAAUGCCCGGUCCGACAUCCCCACAAUCCUCCCUCUUAGCCGGUCGACAACGAUACCUUCUCUUUCCCACAUUCACCCUCGAAUCAGGCGUCACCCUUAUCAACGUCCCUGUCGCUUUCAAGACUUGGGGUAGACUCACACCUGGAACGCGCGACAAUGCCCUGGUCGUAUGCCAUGCUCUCACUGGCUCUGCGGAUGUAGAAGACUGGUGGGGACCACUAUUGGGUGUAGGCAAAGUCUUUGAUUUCAGCCGAUUUUUCAUCGUCUGCUGCAACGUCCUUGGAAGUCCAUAUGGCUCCGCUUCCAGCUGUACCCAAGCCGGAGGAGAGACCGUCUGGGCAGAGGCACUUGCAAAGGAUGCACAAGCGAUUCAAGAAGCUCAAAAGCGAAAGCUGCAAUGGAAAGGCGACGGGUGGUGGGGACCUGAAUUCCCAGCUACUACCGUUCGCGAUGAUGUUCGAGUGCAGAAGCUUGUAUUGGAAUACUUGGGAGUCGAGGUGAUCUCUGCUGUUGUCGGCGGCAGUAUGGGCGGAAUGGCUGUUUUGGAAUGGCCUCUGCUUUUCCCAACUCGUUUCCCCGGCCUGCCUGACCAUGCGUCGGCGAAGAGGAGAUAUAUACAAGCCAUCGUACCGCUAGCUACAUCUGCUCGCCAUUCAGCAUGGUGUAUUUCAUGGGCGGAAGCUCAGCGACAGUCGAUUUACUCUGAUCCUCUGUUCAAGCACGGAUACUACGAGCCAGAGCAACCGCCGAGGAAUGGGUUGAGCGCCGCGAGGAUGGCUGCACUAUUGACCUAUAGGUCCAGGGAUAGCUUCGAGUCUAGAUUCGGAAGGAGGGUAGGGAAAGCCUUGAAAGCUGGAGGACAGCGUUUGUCGGGGAAAAAGGAGGAGCAGGUGGCAAAAGGAGAGGAUGAGAGGAGAAGCAAGAGUAUUGCUGCUGACGCUGCUGAAGCGCAUAACGAGGGGAACUUGAGUCCGAGGGCUAAGCCUUAUGGUAGCAACUCUUCGCCUAGCUCCAACGGUCACAGCUACUUGCCCUCCCCUACUGAAGCUAAGCCAGCUGAGGCCGAUCCGGCUCUAUCACCAACGGCAACCACUCCUCCCGUUCCCAACACUCCCCACCCACCAACCGAACUCUCCGACGAAGCAGUCACCACCACCUCCAACGGCACCCAUGCUACCCUGCCUCCCGCCCUCACCACAGCCGCGGCAGCAGCAGUGCAACGCCUAGUCGAACCAUUCUCCCCCUCCACCGCACCACAAAUCUUCUCCGCCCAAUCUUACCUCCGCUAUCAAGGUGACAAGUUCGUCAAACGAUUCGAUGCCAACUGCUACAUCCAUCUCACUCGCAAAAUGGACUCUCACGACGUUGCACGUGAUCGUUGGGGUUGGCGUUUCACCCCCGAUUCCCUCUCUCGCCAUUCUGGCUGCAAACCAGAAUCGAUGGAGGAGGAAGACGAGGCGCUACUCAACGUUCUUUCUUUCCUAUCUGCGCAUCCACCUAGCCCGUUGAAGCCUCAACCACCGGCAGUGUUGGUGGCGAGUAUCGAAAGUGAUGGCUUGUUUGCACCCCCGGAACAGGUGUUGAUACAUAGGCUGGUGGAGGGGAGUAAGUUCGUAAGUGUCAAGAGUAGCGAUGGCCAUGACGGGUUUUUGUUGGAGUUCGAACAGAUUAAUGAGGCUGUAGGCGCUUUCUUGAGCGAAGUGCUGGAGGAGGUUUAUGCCAGGGAGCCCAUCCAGGUUGCGCAGCCGGCCAAGGAGGGUGGGGAGCAGCGUGGAGAGGUCAAGGAGAGCGUGUUUGGCGAGGUUGAGGACGUUACAAGGUGGUAA